AAGCUCGAAUCUCCUCACUAGUGUCUGGCAGUCCGUUGGUGGUCGGUUUCAUGCAGCAUAUAUCCAAUUGAUUCUGGCCUAAAGGAAGCAUGGGAUGAUAUCGCCCUUGGAUUGCAGAGACCGUGGCAAGUUUCUGGUUCUGGCAACCUCCAGUGGAACUCGCGCGCCACAUCCACAAGGUAAAAAAUUCAAAAUCUUCAAACGGGCACGUGCAUGGCAAGCUCUACGGUCAGUUUCCGUGGUGCUUGAACGUUUUGCGGUUCGCGAGUUCCUGGCUGUCCAGUCUGCAUCUCAGCUAUAAUAAGCAUCUUGUUAGGGUAACCCAAGAAAGUCGACAACGAGAGACCAAUUGGACAUGCGGCGCUCAAUGACCCAUCGACCAGUAGCCUGAUCAAGACCUACGACGUCUUUUCUUUCUUCCAUGUACGACAUGACAAGACUGGCUGUCAGUUUACUCGGCUUGCAUUCACAAGCGUGAUUUGAUUCGUGCGUGAAUCAAACAUCGAAGGGCAGUGGCGCCCUCCAGUCCCAAGGCAUUCGACGUCAUGCGCUACAGCAUACUAACGUGUCUAGGCCGGUAAACGCUACCCACACUGUCAAUUGGAUCGAAGGAUAAAAUGUACCAUCUGUAUUUAGACAUAAUGAUAUGGAUUGUGAGGAUGUGUACACCUGCCACUCCCCUCACCUUUAUGGGCUAAAAGGUCAGGAAAGCAGCACAUGGAAUUCACAAGAAUGCAGGUCACCAUUAUGCGUAACUCCAGAUUAUCUCUCCAUGUUCUUGCUGUUAUGCCGUGGCUGCACCCUUUUUGGUGUCCCUCCUCAUUGUUUAAAGUUACUCAAACUUCGAGCUUUAUGGGACCGGCGAUUCAGACUCUUCCAGUAAUAUUAUCACUCUUUGUUUUAUAGAAGGACAAAGUCACAAUUCAAUUUUGUUCUAGUUGAAUAGGGGAG